AUGGUGGAUGAUGGAAGCUGUGACUUUCACGCAGCUGGCCAGCGAGAUCCGGCAGUGCAGCGACGCAAGAGACUUCGAUCGAGCCAGGCAGAUCCACAGACAAGUUCUCAAGAGCAAGCAUCUCCGCCAGGACGACGCCACUUACCUCGCGAAUUUGCUGCUCGAAGCUUAUGGAAGAUGUGGAACGGGCAUCUCGAUCGCGCGAGAAGCUUGUUUGAUCGAAUCCCGGAUAAAAACGUCGUCUCUUGGACCACCAUGAUCAAAGCUUAUGGUUCUUCCGGCCGAGUGGACGACGCAAAAUUACUCUUCCAAAAAAUGCCAGUAAGAAACCUCGUCACCUUCACGGGCAUGGUAAAAGCAUAUGCCGAGACUGGGCAUAUUCUCGAUGCCAGGGAAUUGUUUGAUUCCAUGCCCGAGAGGAACCUCGUGGCGUGGACAGUCAUGCUUGCGGCAUAUUCGCAGACUGGGCAUCUAGACGAGGUGCUUGCGCUGUUUGCGCGAAUCCCGGAGAGGGAGGUGGUAUCGUGCAGCAUCGUGAUCGGCGCAUAUUCCGCGAGAGGGCAAAUGCGCGAGGCGCGAAAGCUGUUCGAUUCGAUGCGCGAGGGAAAUGUGGUGACGUGGACGGCCCUGAUCGCUGGGUACGCGGGGCGUGGGGAUCUGGAGGAAGCUAGAAGUUUGUUUGAGAGGAUGCCCGAGAGAGAUACGGUGUCAUGGACGAGUAUGAUCACAGCUUAUGCCCAAUUGGGGCAUCUGGAAGAGGCGAGAGCUCUCUUUGAUUCCAUCCCGAUCAAUCGCCGGGAUGCUGUGGUGUGGAAUUCGAUGCUCUACGCGUUCUCUCGCGAUGGCUGCGUUGCCGGGAUGAUCGAGACGCUGAGGGCGAUGCCACGCCCGGAUCUUGUAUCGUGGAACAUCGCCAUGGCGACACUGGCAGAGUGGGGGAUGGGCGAUGACUUCGCGAAUUUCUUCCUGGAGAUGCCCGAGAGGAAUGUCUUGUCGUGGACGAGCAUGAUCCAGGCGCUCGCGCGGCGGGGCAUGCUCCAAUCCGCGAGAGACCUCUUCGACACAAUGCCGGAGAGGAAUCGCGUGUCAUGGUCGACGAUCGUCCAGGCCUUCGCCCGGAAUUCGCAGGGCGAGGAGGCGAUCCAGCUCGUCCUGGCGAUGCUGCUCGAGGGCAUCGCGCCGGAUGAGAUCGCCUACAUCGAGAUCCUGGCCGCGUGCGCCCACAUUGGAUUGCUAGAAACGAGCCGGCAAUUCUUCCACUCCAUCACCGCCGACCACGGCCUCGUCCCCUCGAUCGAGCACUACAGCUGCAUGAUCCACAUUCUGGGACGAUCCGGCCAGGCAAGAGACGCCGAGGAGCUCCUCCAAACAAUGAGCCUCGUGCCGGAUUCUAUCUCCUGGACCGCAUUGCUGGGCAGCAGCAACGAAAUCAGCCGCGGCGCCCGCGCGGCCAGGAAAGCAGUGGAUCUGGACGGAGAAAUCUCCGCUCCAUCCUCCUCUCCAACCUCGCCCUAA